AUGUCUUCACGAAGACCGAGUUCUGCAGACUCGAAUUCGAAUCGAAACCUCUCGAUCAGUCAUGCAUCACAUCCUCACGCACCCAUCACCCCAAGUGGCUUGCGCGAGGCACAUACACUAUCUGUCUCGCCGGAAGAGAGAAGAUACGGUAUGAACGUGGAUGGUAGUACAGCUCCCAGCAGCUCGAACGCCUCUCCCUUGACAUCUCCCGCGCAUCCAAAAAACGAUCCAGCGGAAGACGACGAUGCCCUACAUGGGACGAGAUUCAAUGGGCUGGACCACAACGAAGAUAACGAAUCUACAUCAUUGCUGAGGAAGCAGUUCGAUUUUGACACACAUCCUGUACACGCGGGGCCAUGCGAUCAUGGCACUUUCAGUCCCCGGCUGGAGAGUAGGACAGGGAGUGCACGAAGUAGUAAUGACUAUGGAUUUGGCGGCGCUCCAGCUCGUGAAAGACCUGAAAAUGGCGAAGGAAGCAGCACUAUAUUUGGCAGUAUGCUUGAAGGAAUUGGUGUUAAGAACGGACCAGGACCUGUGGGCAGGAAAAAGAUGAGUACCACACGGUAUUUAGCGGAGAGACAUGGCGUCAAAAAUACCACCACAAUGUAUUUCACUUACUACAUCCCCUUUUUCGCUUGGAUCCGGCAGUAUAGAUGGGUUCAUUUACAGGGAGAUUUGGUCGCAGCUCUUACGAUGGCAUCGUUUUACCUACCAAUGGCUCUGUCAUACGCUUCGAAUCUGGCACAUGUGCCGCCGAUCAACGGCCUAUAUUCUUUUGUAUUCAACCCUAUUAUAUAUGCGAUACUGGGUAGUUGCCCACAGAUGGUGGUUGGCCCAGAGGCAGCUGGAAGCCUUUUGGUUGGAAGUGUAGUCAGAUCAAGUAUCGACAGCAGCGAAACACCCGAAUAUGACGAUUUAAUGCACGCUCGAGUCGCCGGUAUUGUCACUGGAAUGGCAGGAGCAGUAAUAUUUAUUGCUGGUCUGACCAGGCUAGGUUUUUUGGACAGUGUUUUGAGUAGGCCGUUCCUCAGAGGAUUCAUCUCUGCUAUAGGAUUUGUUAUAGUUGUGGAUCAAUUGAUUCCUGAGCUAGGGCUCGCAGAUUUGGCGGAGGAAGUUGGAGGGGUUGCUCAUGGCAGUAGUAUUGACAAGAUUAGAUUCUUGAUAAACAAUGCACAUAGAGCCACGGGCAUUACAGCCGCUGUCGCUGGAAUAAGUUUUGUCAUAAUAAUGACGUUCAGAGAAUCAAAGAAACGGCUUCAACCUCGAUACCCAGCAGUUGCGUAUUUUCCUGACCGAUUUAUAGUUGUUGUUUUAUCGGCUGUCUUGACUUGGCAUUACCGAUGGGACGACUAUGGCCUGGAGAUAUUAGGCGAAGUCAAGUCUAGCUCGGGGGCUACAUUUCCCUUUCACUGGCCCUUCCAAGUCAGUCAAUUGAAACACGUCCGGGAGGCUAUGGGAACCUCGUUCCUAAUCGCAUUACUGGGCUUUUUUGAAUCGUCUGUAGCUGCCAAGAGUCUAGGUGGCGGAGAAGGAAAGGAUCAGAUCCAAGGCAUCGCAUUGAGCCCGAACCGAGAACUGGUUGCUUUGGGUGUAGCCAAUCUUGUUGGCGGUUGCUUUUGUGCUUUGCCUGCAUUCGGUGGUUAUGGGAGAAGUAAAGUAAAUGCCAGCACUGGGGGGAAAACGCCCAUGAGCAGUAUUUUCUUGAGUAUCAUUACCGUCAUUUGCGUCAUGUAUCUUCUACCGGCAUUUUAUUAUCUUCCGAAAGCAGUGUUGUCUUCCAUGAUCACAGUUGUGGCCUGGUCAUUAAUCGAAGAAGCUCCUCACGACAUAGCUUUCUUCAUCAGGAUAAGAGGAUAUACUGAAUUAGGCCUCAUGUUAAUCAUUUUUGCCGCAACGAUUUUCUACUCGUUAACAUUGGGAAUCGCUAUUGGGGUAGGAUUGUCGCUGCUGUCCGUUAUCAAGCACAGCACCAGACCACGGAUUCAGAUAUUAGGAAGAUUACCCGGCACUCAUCGAUUCGAGAAUGCGGAAGAUAACCCUGAUAAGUUAGAGUUUAUUGAAGGUUGUCUGAUUGUUAAGAUUCCUGAACCACUCACGUUUGCCAACACCGGCGACUUGAAGAAUCGGUUGAGGAGGUUGGAAUUGUAUGGAGCAACAGGCGCUCACCCUGCGUUGCCUAGGGUGAGGUCGCCAGAGCACAACAAAAACGUCAUUUUUGAUAUACAUGGAGUUACGGGAUUAGAUGGGUCAGGCACGCAAGUUCUGUUCGAGAUUGUGCGUAGCUAUCGCGAUCGGGGAGUAUGCGUCUUUUUCUCUCGCGGACCAGUAGAAGGAAGUCCCAUUUACGAGUUAUUUCGCCGCAGUGGUAUCAUCGACAUAUGCGGAGGUCCGGAUCAUUUCGUGACGAACGUUGAUUCGGCAUUGCGGCUUACUGAAUUGGAAGAGGUGGAUGAACAAGCGUCCCAGCACUCAGCCGUCAAUGCAGGUGCUGCUUAG